AUGCCAGAGCCACCCCAGAAUCCUGUGCCACCGCAGCUUCAGCUGCCCCCGCUUCCCUCGCCGCCUCCGCUGCGUCCAGCAGCCCAGCCCAUCAUUCAACGUUCCCAAGCCAUGAAUGUGGUAGAGAUCAUUGAUCUGACAGGGACUAGCGCCGACGAGGACGGUGGCGAGGGAGAGGGCGAUGGCGAUGGCGAGUGGGAAUGGGAGGAUAUGCCCGAUGUCAUCGACUUGACAAAUCUCCCCUCCGACUCGGACGAUGACCAUGAUGCCGAUGCCGAAUCGCAGGACCGCUCAGUCCAGAACUUCACAAUUCUCAACCUGCCUUCGCGCAACCGGUACACACUGGUCGAUCGCCCUCCCAUCGCAGCCCCGACACACCCGCGCCGUCGCUUGCGAGCCCCUCCUCGAGCACUUCCAAAGGUUGCUACGCGUGCUGCCGCGCGCGUUCCUGUGCGCCGGGACGUUUGCGAGCUCUGCAACCGCGUCGUCCGCUGGGGCCCUGGCUGCCUGAUCACAAAGCACCACCUCUACCCACAAGAGAUGACCAAGAAGUACCCGGGUAGAUACACCCCGGCCCAAAAGAACUCACUCGCCCUCCUCUGCCGCCCCUGCCACGACGUCUGCCACCGGGCCCACGAUAAUCGAACCCUGGCGGAAUUCUACUACGAGGUCAACCUGCUCAAGGCCGACCCGGCCGUCCAGGCGCACAUCCGCUCGAUGCAGCGCGCAACCACCCCCGAGCUGAAACGAAUGUAUGGGGACGGCGUCAGUGUGUUGCGAGGGAAGAAGUACCUCAGCAGACUUGCGAGGGCUGGGAAGGAGCGUGAGGCCGCAGGUCGCCCCAAAUUGACAGAGGAUAAUCUGCGCGCCCUGAGUGCCAUCAAUCCUCCCGAUGUUCGACGAAGUGCAAGGUUGGCUGGGACGAUCAUGCGCGUUCGGGAGCCGACACCUUUUCCCGGCUCUCGACGAAGUGCCAGGAUCUUGAGGAGGACCACGGGGCAUCAGCACGAAGUGCCUGUUAUUGUAAUAGAUGAUGAGGAUGAGGUUAUGCAGCACGCGGCCACCCGCGGCAAUACCACGGGGAAGGAGAAUGAAGAGGUGCAGAGUCCUGUUAGUUUGGGGGAUCUUCUGGAUCUUGCUGCCCGCGGGGAAUACAUUGCGCUGUAA